CCCCCCCCCCCCCCCCCCGCUGGCUUCUCUCUGGCCAGUCGCGCGUGGGCUGAGGCCCUGGGCGGGCGUUGCGAAGGCUUGUUUCCUUGAGUCCGGUACCCGUCGCGGGCCGGAGUUUCCUUCCUCGGGGACGAGGGGGUGCAGACCCCAAAGUAGGGUGAAUGGACUGUCGCAUGUGCUGCUAAGGGUAGGCUGGGGAGCACAGGGCCCGGGGCUGCGACCAUGAACUCACCCGUGGACUCCGGCGCUAGGCAAGCACUGAAGAAGAAGCCGCCGGAGCGGACCCCGGAGGACUUAAACACUAUUUAUUCUUAUCUUCAUGGAAUGGAAAUAUUAUCAAACCUCAGGGAACAUCAGCUUAGAUUAAUGUCUGCAAGAGCACGCUAUGAGAGAUAUAGUGGCAAUCAGAUUCUGUUUUGUUCAGAAACUAUUGCCAGAUGUUGGUACAUCCUGCUUUCUGGAUCUGUGCUUAUGAAAGACUCCAUGGUCUUGCCUCCUUGCAGUUUUGGUAAGCAGUUUGGAGGAAAAAGAGGAUGUGAUUGUCUUGUAUUAGAGCCUUCAGAAAUGAUUGUGGUAGAGAAUUCCAAAGAUAAUGAAGAUAAUAUUCUCCAAAGAGAAAUUCCGGCCAGACAGUCCCGCCGAAGGUUCCGGAAAAUUAACCAUAAAGGAGAGCGCCAAACCAUUACUGAUGAUGUGGACACUAACAGCUACCUUUCGCUUCCAGCUGAUCUUACAAAGAUGCACAUUGCAGACAGCGCUCACCCACAGGUGACUCACGUGUCCUCCAGUCAGUCUGGCUGUAGCAUCGCCAGUGACUCUGGGAGCAGCAGUUUGUCUGAUAUCUAUCAGGCUACGGAAAGUGAGGUAGGAGAUGUGGAUUUAACCCGUCUUCCUGAGGGACCUGUUGAUUCUGAAGAUGAAGAGGAGGAAGAUGAAGAAAUUGAUCGAACAGAUCCAUUGCACGGGCGAGAUCUUGUUCGUGAAUGUCUUGAAAAAGAACCUGCAGACAAAACUGAUGAUGACAUUGAACAGUUACUGGAGUUCAUGCACCAGCUCCCUGCUUUUGCAAACAUGACCAUGAGUGUGAGGAGAGAGCUCUGCUCAGUGAUGAUUUUUGAAGUGGUGGAACAGGCUGGAGCCGUGAUUCUCGAAGACGGACAAGAGCUUGACUCAUGGUAUGUUAUUUUAAAUGGCACUGUAGAAAUCAGCCAUUCAGAUGGAAAAGUCGAAAAUCUCUUUAUGGGCAAUAGUUUUGGAAUUACUCCCACUCUGGAUAAGCAGUACAUGAAUGGAGUGGUGAGGACCAAAGUGGAUGAUUGUCAGUUCGUCUGCAUCGCUCAGCAGGACUACUGGAGAAUUUUAAAUCAUGUGGAAAAAAAUACCCAUAAAGUUGAGGAAGAGGGAGAAAUUGUUAUGGUGCACGAGCACCGCGAACUGGACCGCAGCGGAACCAGGAAAGGACACAUUGUCAUCAAGGCCACGCCUGAGCGUCUCAUCAUGCAUUUAAUAGAAGAGCAUUCCAUUGUGGACCCAACUUACAUAGAAGAUUUUCUAUUAACUUAUAGGACAUUUCUUCCAAGCCCUUUGGAUGUUGGGAUCAAACUUUUGGAAUGGUUUAAAAUUGACAGCUUAAGGGAUAAGGUCACGCGCAUUGUGUUAUUAUGGGUAAACAAUCAUUUCAAUGAUUUUGAAGGUGAUCCUGCUAUGACUCGGUUUCUGGAGGAAUUUGAGAAAAACCUGGAAGAUACAAAAAUGAAUGGUCAUCUCCGGUUAUUGAAUAUCGCAUGUGCUGCAAAAGCUAAGUGGAGGCAGGUUGUGCUGCAGAAGGCCUCCCGGGAGUCCCCUCUGCAUUUCAGCCUUAAUGGAGGGAGUGAGAAGGGCUUUGGCAUUUUUGUCGAAGGAGUAGAGCCGGGUAGCAAAGCUGCUGAUGCAGGGCUGAAACGUGGGGAUCAGAUAAUGGAAGUAAAUGGACAGAACUUUGAGAAUAUUACAUUUGUGAAGGCCCUUGAAAUUUUAAGGAAUAAUACUCACCUUGCACUUACUGUAAAGACCAACAUUUUUGUGUUUAAAGAGUUGCUUAGUAGGACUGAACAAGAAAAAUCUGGUGUUCCUCACAUUCCCAAAAUUGCUGAAAAAAGAAGUAAUCGCCAUUCAAUCCAGGAUGUACCAGGAGAUAUUGAGCAGAUACCACAGGAGAAGGGGCAUAAGAAAGUAAAAGCAAAUACUGUUUCAGGUGGAAGAAACAAAAUCAGGAAAAUUUUGGAUAAAACACGAUUUAGUAUCUUGCCUCCCAAACUGUUUAGUGACGGAGGCCUGAGCCAGUCCCAGGACGACAGCAUUGUGGGAACCAGACACUGCAGACACAGCCUGGCUAUCAUGCCCAUCCCUGGGACGCUGUCCUCCAGCAGCCCGGACCUCCUGCAGCCGACCACCAGCAUGCUGGACUUUUCCAACCCUUCAGCUGCUGGUUUUUACUAUAUUCCUGAUCAAGUUAUACGAGUUUUCAAAGCAGAUCAACAAAGUUGCUAUAUUAUCAUCAGUAAAGACACCACAGCUAAAGAAGUUGUUUGUCAUGCUGUUCAUGAAUUUGGUUUGACUGGAGCAUCUGACACAUACUCUCUCUGUGAAGUUUCUGUUACUCCUGAGGGUGUCAUAAAACAGAGACGACUUCCGGACCAGUUUUCCAAAUUAGCUGAUAGAAUUCAGCUCAAUGGAAGGUAUUAUUUAAAAAACAACAUGGAGACAGAAACCUUGUGUUCAGAUGAAGACGCACAAGAGCUGGUUAAGGAAAGCCAGCUCUCCAUGCUGCAGCUCAGCACCAUCGAGCUGGCCACGCAGCUGUCCAUGAGGGACUUUGACUUGUUCCGUAAUAUUGAGCCUACUGAGUACAUUGAUGACCUUUUUAAGUUAGAGUCUAAAACAGGAAAUACUCACUUGAAAGAGUUUGAGGACAUUGUAAACCAGGAGACAUUCUGGGUUGCCUCAGAGGUUUUAACUGAGUCAAAUCAGCUUAAACGAAUGAAGAUUAUUAAGCAUUUCAUUAAAAUUGCUCUUCACUGUCGUGAAUGUAAGAACUUCAAUUCCAUGUUUGCAAUAAUAAGUGGCUUGAACCUAGCCUCUGUAGCACGACUCAGAGGCACUUGGGAAAAGUUACCGAGCAAGUAUGAGAAACACCUGCAAGAUCUCCAAGACCUUUUUGAUCCAUCCAGAAACAUGGCAAAGUACAGAAAUAUUCUUAGUAGUCAAAGCAUGCAGCCUCCAAUUAUUCCACUCUUCCCUGUUGUCAAGAAAGACAUGACAUUUCUACAUGAAGGAAAUGACUCCAAGGUAGACGGUUUAGUAAAUUUUGAGAAGCUAAGAAUGAUUGCCAAGGAAAUCCGUCAAGUCGUUCGGAUGACUUCUGCUAACAUGGACCCAGCUAUGAUGUUCCGACAGAGGAAGAAGAGGUGGCGGAGUCUGGGGUCACUGAGUCAAGGCAGCACAAACUCGAACAUGCUGGAUGUUCAGGGAGGUGCUCACAAGAAAAGAGCACGCCGUAGUUCUCUGCUUAACGCCAAGAAGCUCUACGAGGAUGCCCAGAUGGCGAGGAAAGUGAAGCAGUAUCUUUCCGGUCUAGACGUGGAGACAGACGAGGAGAAGUUCCAGAUGAUGUCACUGCAGUUGGAGCCUGCAUACGGUACCUUGACCAAGAAUUUGACUGAGAAGAGAUUGGCCAGAUCAGCAGAAAUGUCCCCAGCGCCUCUGCGGUCAGCUGGCCAAAUGGCUAAAGCCCAUCUGCAUCAGCCCCACAGAGUAAGCCAGGUGCUUCAAGUGCCAGCUGUUAAUUUGCACCCCACCAGGAAGAAGGGACAGUCAAAAGACCCUGCCACACUGAUUCCGCAGAAAGUUUUAGGAACAGCCGAAGAAAUAAGCGGUAAAAAACAUACUGAAGACACCAUGUCCGUGACAUCAUCCUUACAUUCGAGUCCUCCUGGGUCCCCGCACGGCUCCCCGCGCAAAGGCUACGCACUUGCACCGUCAGCCAAAUCUGACAACCUGUCUGACUCCAGCCACAGCGAGAUUUCUUCACGGUCCAGCAUUGUGAGCAACUGCUCUGCCGACUCCAUGUCUGCAGCUCUGCAGGAUGAGCGGUGUUCUUCCCAGGCACUCACGGUCUCCGAGUCCACGGGGGCUUUGGAAAAGACAGAGCACUCCUCAGGGACAGGAGACCACAGUCAGCUUGGCCUUGGGUGGACAAUGUCAAAGCCUUCUCUCAUCAAGAGCUUGGCCAUCUCGUCCUCCAUGAGCAGUGACGAGAUCUCUCAUGAGCACAUCGUCUUGGACGCAGCCGACAGUGGUCGUGGUAGCUGGACUUCCUGUUCGAGCAGUUCGCAUGACAACUUCCAAAGCCUUCCAAACCCAAAAGGCUGGGAUUUUUUGAACUCUUACCGACAUACCCAUUUGGAUGGCCCCAUUGCUGAAGUUGAACCCACUGACUGUGAGCCCUGUUCCUGCCCGAAAGGCUGCCCUAGAACUUGUGGCCAGUGUAAAGGCAGCCUUGAGACCAGUCAGGGGAGACAGAGUUGGGCCUCCUCCAGUUCUCUGUCGGACACGCUCGACCCAAACUUCGGGACGGUGAGGCGGAGGGUGUUGGAGAGCGCCCCCGCUGACUCACCGGAGGGCUUCGGCCCGAAGGACGGCACUGACCCGGCUUAUAAAACUGUCACUUCAAGUACAGAAAAGGGCUUGAUUGUGUACUGUGUCACCUCCCCCAAGAAGGAGGAUAGGUAUAGGGAGCCACCUCCCACUCCUCCAGGAUACAUGGGGAUUUCUUUAUCGGACCUAAAGGAAGGACCCCACCUACACCUAAAACCUCCAGAUUAUAGUGUGGCAUUGCAGAGGUCAAAGAUGAUGCAGAACAGCCUGUCUAGGCUGCCACCAGCCUCUCUCAGUAGCAAGCCCGUGGCCUGUGUUUCAUCGAGGAUUAUGACGCAGCCUCAGAGGCAUGGUCUGCAAGCGUCCCAUCCCAAACUAGCAGACGAGGCUGAUGCAGAUAGCGAAGCAGAUGAAAAUGAACAGGUUUCAGCAGUCUAGCUGGAAGUCAUGGAGGAAGGAGCAGGCAGAACCGCCCGUGCUACCCAGGCCGCUCCAGCUGACAGCCGGCUGCUGCUACUCACCGGCAGGCUUCACGCCCUGCGCCCUCUGCGCCCUGAGCGACGCCGAGCCCUGGGUCACGCCUCCUCUCGUGAAUCCCUGCCGACGCAGUUUCCUCAGCUGUGGGUGCCGUGCCUGGAUACGUCCUCACUCUGCACACCAAACCCGCCUUGGGACCAUAGUUGCUAGAACAAAUCCAAACUCAAGAGUCCUCCCCAUGUGUAAUAAUCGCUAUAGAUUUUCCUUUAACAAGUUAUUUUUAAGGUAGUAGCAGCAUUUCCCAGCCACAGCUUGGGCUGAUGGACAAAUCCAGAACGUCUGCCAAUACCAGGGCCACCCCUGUGUAUUUGAAAAGUAAUUUAUUAUUUGAAGUGUUGAGGUUUUUGUCUGUCUUCGGGAGCUCUCAUUAGUCGAUGUUUAUGUUUGAGGCCGUAGACUGUCUCUGGUUGACCACACGGAAGUCCUCCUCACGGAAGGACGUUUGACCUGUACAGAACUGGAGCGGUCGGGUCUGUGGCACCGCUGCCACUGGCGUCUCAGUGCGAGCGGCAGAGGGGCCCUUUGUGGAUGCGGUGUCGGGAAGGAGAGCGGCCCCGCCUGCUGGCCCCUGCUUGGAAGGCCAGAUGAAGCUGCCGCAGGGUUUCUUAUCAGUCCUUAGGGAGAGGGAGGUGGCAAUUAUACUUUUCCAAAAGAUGAAAUUUUUGUGUUAACAUGUAUCCCAAUUCUUUCUGAACUGAAAGGUGUGCUGCAUCUAACUAAAAGUAUAAACCCAGUAAAUAGAAUGGGUUCUAGAGCGUUCUACUCGGUAGAAACCCAGAACCAAAAUUUUCCCAACUCAGAUACGGAGUUUUUUUUUUUCAAAGAAGCGAGGUCAUCUGUGGUGUGACCAGGAGGAUGACUUUAGCUUCAGGAGGUGCUCUGCUACACCCUCCCCACCUCACAGCAGCUCCAGGCUGCCUGGUGCUGUGGCCACGCAGCCAGGCUGCCUGCAGUAAAGCUCUUAGCUCAUCAAGGUAAAUAACUGGUUCAGACUGUGUGGGGGAGGAGCUAGAAUCAUGGAAAUGAUCAUCUCUGGGUUCCCAAUCUAGCCCCUGAGAGGAAGUAUAUUUUUUUAACAGCCUAUUGGGAAUGGCACUCUUAUGUAUUUAUUUAAAGUUUCGUUGAUUGUUUAUGGACAAGCUAGACUUUCCACAUUCUUACAAAUGAAAUAUAAUGUAUUCUGUAUCUUAAGUUUAAAUUUUUUAAUUUGCUUUUUAGUAUAAAGACAAGUGAGAGCCUAAUAAACUUCUGUGACUACCAAAAAAAAACAAAAACAAAA